GGAAGCCAGCCUUGAGAUAUCUGACACACAUACAAACACUCAUAGUCUUUAUAAGGGCCCGUUCAAAAUAUGGCCUGCAAAAAAAAGACCAAGUUGUGGGAGCCCAUGCUCAUGGGGAAGGACGACAUGAAGACCACUACUCAAAGGAUGUAUGAGGAAGGAGCCAAGGGCCUUAGAUCGAUUUCGACCCAGGAAAAGAAGCUGGUCAACUUUCAAUCGUUUAACAUGGAUAAUUCCCGGUUUAGCAGCGCAAGCGAAGAUGAUCAUAUUGAGACCCCGAUGUUGUCCAGUUAUACUCGGCAGUAUUCACGACCAUACCCUCCCAGGUGCAAGCCUUUAACUCCAAAAACCGAGUCACCCGAUCCUCUAUUUAAUCGUCGACCAAAAAAUGAUUUCCAAUUUGAGACAGGAUUGGCCUUCAAAUUCCUGGACGAUCACAUGCACAACAUUUCUGAGACGCGCAAAAAAGUUAACUUCUUCCGACAAUUAAGAAACCAAUCUUUUCUUCUGUAUUAACAUGUUACUUGAAGUUGCGAAUGCAAAUUAAAAUACAUUGGCUCAAUCAAGCAAAGUA